GCUGUACUAAUUAAGUUUAUGUUUGUGCUACGUAUGUGUUUAUCUAUAUUACAAUUUUAUUAAUCUAUUUCAAUUAAAGUUAUCAUCAAAUAGAUCGUUAUCGCAGCGAAUGCGGAACGAUCUAAUUUACGUCUAUCAGUCAGUGGCAUCGGAGUGAAGAUGCUGUCGCGAUGCGUGGUGUCGCAAGUGAAGCACAACUCGUACUUUCUGGUGGGGUUAGCGCUGGGUCUGUGGCUGGCGCUGGCGACGGUGCCGCUGGAGGAGGAGAGCGCUGAAUGUGUAGCGGCGGCAGGUGCGGUGGUGGCGGACGAGUGGGAGCCGGUGCGCGAGCAGCGCGAGAUGGGCGCGGCGGGUGCAGCGGGACGCAGCGUGCAGCGGCCGCGCUACUACAGCACGGAGCUGGGCAUGCGCGCCGGGCUACUGGCGGGCGCGCUCACGUCGGAGGACGCGCUGGGAGGGCGCGCUGCGGCGCUCAACCGCACGGCGGCGCGUUUGCUGCCCGCGCUACGCUUCUUUAUCACAGCCAGCGCGCUGCGUUCCGCCCCCGCCGGCGCCAACGUCGUCGGCUUCACCGACACCAGGGAGAUGCUCAAGCCCUUCCAUGCACUCAAAUACCUCGCCGACAACUAUCUGGAGGAAUAUGAUUUUUUCUUCCUUGUCACUGAUACUACAUUUGUGAAUGCCCAACGGCUCACAGAACUCGUAUCCCGCCUCAGUGUCAGUCAGGAUGUUUAUAUGGGCACCGUAGCCGAGGAUGACACACAGUACUGUUCUUUAGAGAGUGGCAUCCUGCUGUCUAACUCAGUGCUGCGAGCGGUACACGGCGCGCUGGACUGGUGCGUGCGCAACUCCUACUCGCCGCAUCACCACGAGAACAUCGGCCGCUGCGUGCUGCACGCCGCGCACAUCACCUGCACCUCAUUCCUGCAGGGCGAGCGUUACUUAUCGUGGCGGCUGACGGGCGAGAUGGAGCCGCAGCCAGCGCUGGCUGAUGCGGUCACCGCGCACCCCGUGCACGCGCCAGAACAUCUCUACCAGCUGCACGCCUAUGUUUCCAGGGUGCUUCUGCAGCGCGCGCAGGAGCAGGUGUCGCAGCUGCGGGUCGCUGCGGCGCUGAGCGCGCGCCGACACCCGCGCGGCUUCCGCAACGCCAGCUGGCCGGCCGGACUGCGCGCCACGCCCGGCCUGGCCGCACCGCCGCCCGCCACCAGGUUCGAUCACCUGCGCUGGACCACGUUCAACGCGACGCACGCGCUCAUGCCGGACGACCACCGCACCGCCGCCCCACUCACCGGCGCUACGAAGGCUGCAAUCGACCUGGUGCUGGAAGAGAGCGGCGCGUGGGCGCGGCGGCGCUGGGCAAGUUCGCGCGUGCGCCUGCUGGAGGGCGCCUGGUGCUGGCAGCCGCCGCACGCGCUGCGCUACCGCCUGCUGCUGCACCUGCAGCCCGACACGCAGGAUGGUAGUGGGAGCGGCGGAGGUGCGGUGCGGCAGGUGGAGGUGGCGCGCGUGCUGGGCGGCGCGCGCCUAGCGCCGGCGCGCUACGUGACGGAGAGCGCGCGCGUGCGCGUGCUGCUGGCGCUGCGUGCGCGCCACGUGCGCGACGCGCGCGCGCUGCUGCGCCGCCUCGACGCCUGCCUGCGCGCCGACCGCAACGCCGCGCUGCUGCUGCUGCUGGUGGUGGCGUCGCGAAACGAGAGCGUCGUGUUCCAGCCGGUGCGCGACGCCGUGCGCGACCUUGCCGCCAAACACCGCGGCGCGGACCUCGAACUGAUGGAGACCGAGCUGGAGGAGGGGGAGAGUGCGGAGGAGGGAACAGCGGAGAGCGAGGAGGAGGAGCUAGCGGUUGCCCAGCGGCUGGCGCUGCGCGUGGCACUGCCGCGGCUGUCUCAAGACCAGCUCGUGCUGCUGGCGGUACCGCACAUGGACUUCAAUCAGGACUUCCUCAACAGGGUGCGCAUGAACACGAUCGCGGGCGAGCAGUGGUUCCUGCCGGUGGCGUUCGCGCGCUACGCGCAGUUCCUGCACCCGCGCUUCGUGGACGCGGCCGGCGCGCGCCCGCAGCAGGGCACCGGCCGCUUCAACGCGCGCCACCGCCACGUCGUCGCCUUCUACCGCGCGGACUACGACGCCGCUCUGGAGCUGUGGCGCAAGACGCGCAGCGCGGAGCCAUCGGACGCUGCGGCCGUGCUGGCGCGCGGGCCGCUGCGCGUGCUGCGCGCGCCCGAGCCCGCGCUGCUGCUGGCGCCGCGCGCAGCGCCCUGUGCUGCGGACAGCGCUGCAGCUGCUGCAGCCUGCCUGGGCCGCGCGCGUGACGCCGGGCUGCAGCAGCUGGACCUGGGCGCGCGCCACGCGCUUGCCAAGCUGCUGCUCGAGACGCAAGCACAGCUGUACUGACACCACGCACGCACUUAUACAUACCCAUUCUAAACCGAUUACAACGCACACACGCACACUACUCGUACAUAUAAAUACGCAUUCUUUCAACUGCACGUGCUGAGUCGACACGCUUCAAUAAAUUAUCAUUUACACUCACUCACACACGCACGCGCACACACGUACACUACUCACACGUAUACAUAGGCAUUCCAAACCGAUUACAACUUCACGUACCGUGUUAACACGCUUCAAUAAAUUAUCAUUUGGACUAUACUCGUAUACUUUUAAUAGUAGCCCCAUACUCUGAAGUUAAUUGAUGAAAUAAAUGUCAUUCUUCGCAGGUACAAGGGAUAUGAAUAAAACAUUUCAUAAAUUCUUGAAUAUAAUUACUAAAUGUAUUAUUAACAAAUUUUAAAAAGACACAUACGUUGAUAAAAUACGCGAUAGGAACGGAAAGCGUUUCUCGAUUUCUAUCGGCGUUCGCACAUAUAUGGCUUAGCCAUUCCAAAUUUAUUAGACAUUUCAGGCACCUCCGUGAGGAAUUAAAAAGAUAUAAUUAAACGCAAUAAUCGUACAUUUAGUUUUAUUAUAUUAUAAUUUCUUCAAAUAUUAUAAGACAUUUUAUUCAUCACGACAUACAAACACACAAAGCAAAUUCUAUUAUACCCACAUAUUCUCAAAUAUUUUUCCUGUUUCCUUACAAAAUCAACACAAUUCAGUCACCUAACAUUCACUCAGUACUUUUACUGUAACAAUUAAGUGCUUUCACUAACCUUAAAAUGAAUUUACUUCAACAAUACAAACAAAAGCACAAAAUGCCACUUUUAACUUUAAUAUUAAUAUUAAACUUCAUGAAAUCCCAAUUAAAAAUAAAAACUACAAUUCCUUACUAUGUCAUGACUAUCUUCACUUUACUAUCUUCAUAUAUCUUCACAACUUCAUUUACUAAUAUUGCCACUGCCACAAGUUUUACUAUUUUGCGCAUACAUACAAUUUUAAGUAGUUUGACAGCUAUGACGUCACAAAAUGGAAACUAGUUAGUCCCUUUGUUAUUAUAAACGUUUGUUACAACCUACUAUAUAAUAGAACAAAAUGAAAUGUAUACAAAUAAACUUUUUAGG